AUGACUUCUCCAACUGUCCCUAUCGACCAGUUCCUGCAACCCCUCCACGUCGACGUAGACGGCAUCUAUGAGCUCUCACAGCUCUUUCUCUCAAACUUCGACGACCUUGCCGCACACUCUGAAUCUCAGUUUCUGCCGACCCCGAUCUCGGACUCUAUCCUACGCCCUGUCAGCAUCAGUAACAAGGACGCAUACCAUCUGGCUAUAGACAUUGGGGGCACCAAUCUCCGGGUCGGCUUCGUGCAACGGCUUGGAAAGCAGGCGCCAUCCGACGGUGAGAAUGGAACACCACCUCGAACACGACGCCUCCUAGAGCAGCACUGGUCCAUAGACGAACACUUGAAGAAUGAUAACGCCGAGAAACUUUUCGCCUGGAUCGGAAAGUGCAUCGCCACGGUGGUAGAGGAAGGCUGCUCUCAACUCGAGGUAUCGAGGGAGAAAGCUCUCGACCUCGGCGUGACUUUCAGCUUCCCAAUGGAACAGACGUCGCUUUCAGAAGCAAGACUGAUGACAAUGGGCAAGGGCUUUGCUGUGUCGGCCAAUGUUGAUCUGGGCUCUCGGCUCCUUGAUGGCUACAACAACUCCAGGGGCGACCGACUUCCACCUAUGCGCAUAGCUGCCAUUGCGAACGACUCGGUCUCCACGCUAGUAUCAUUCAUUUACGAAUUUGAUGAGAGUGUCAAGAAACGUGCCAGCAUGGGCCUUAUCCUAGGUACCGGCUGCAAUGCAACAAUACCUCUCAAGCUAAGUCAGCUGAAACCAAGCAAGCGGCCGGCCAAUGUGAGCUUGUUACCCGGCGAGCGCGUCGACGAUGUGAAGGUAGCGAUCAACACGGAAUGGAGCAUCAAUGGCUCCGUGCCGCCGCUGAGGAAGAUGAAUCUCAUCAGCCGCUGGGAUGAGGUGGUGGACUCGCACAACGAGACUCCGGGGUUCCAGCCUAUGGAGUAUAUGACUGCCGGACGAUAUUUGGGCGAGCUAGGUCGGGUUGUAUUUGUGGACUUUCUCACGAGCGUACGAGGCGUGCCUGAGAAGGAUAUCCCAGAGCGGUUAUUGCAGCCGUAUGGCAUGAGCACCAGCUUCCUGAGCCACUUCAAACCCUUGGAGCCCAGGCUCUUGUUGCAGCAGCUUGAGAAGGCAUUCCCGACCGACAAAGGCACUCAUGGUAUCUCGUGGACUGAAGAGCUUGCGGUAUUUCUGUUCAAGAUAGCCAAAGCCAUCGAAGUGCGUGCAGCUGGCAUUGUUGCUGCUGCCACAGUCGCUCUACUGACCCUGGGCGGCGAGCUUCCACAAGACUACCUGACGGACUGCCAGUCGUUCAUCGACCAGUUGCUGGCAAGGAUAUUUGGAAACGGGCAGAGUCCAGCCAAGGUGGUUCUGAGCCCCUGCCACAAUGGCGGUGUCAUUGGUGCAGGGAUUCUCGUGGCUGCAGCGUCUGCCAGUGAGAGUGCGCAAGUCUAA